AUGGCUAAUUCAAUAGUAAAACCUUUCAAAGGUGUUGUUAGUUUAUCAUACAAAAUACUUGGAAUGGGCACAAAUGAGAAGCCGAAACCUCCCAUUUUCAUGUUACAUGGAGUUAUAGGACACAAGGAUCAAUUAAGUGGUAUUGGCAAAACGAUAUUAAAUAUCACUCGAAGGACAGUAGUUGUCGUAGAUCAGAGAAAUCAUGGUGACAGUCCACAUACAAACUCUCACAAAUACACGGAGCAAGCGGCAGAUGUUUUACAUUUAUUCGAAAGGUUGGGUGCUCGACAAUCAACUCUGGUAGGUUACGGCAUGGGGGGCAGGACUGCAAUGGCGGUAGCCUUGACAGCGCCGGAACAAGUUGCUGGUUUAUUAGUAAUGGACAUGUCACCUAUAUCAAUACCAGUAGAUUAUGAAAACUCUGUACUAAAACUGUUAGAAGGCAUGAAAGACGUUGACUUUAAAAAGGCGGAUGUGUUAUCAAAAGCUAAAGCCGAAGCAAGACUGCAGCUCAAAAAAUUUAACACGAAUGAAGCCAUCAUGUCACUUGUUGUAUCGAAUAUAAGACAAAAACCAGAUGGCACUUUUGGUUGGAUUUGCAACAUUGAUGUACUGCUCAAACAUUUUAAACACUGGAUGACUUUCCCUGAAUGUUAUAAACAAAAAGUUUAUGAUGGUCCCACGCUAUUUAUUGGUGGGCAGGUGUCAGAUUUUAUUCCACCUGACGAAUUGAACAUUAUUCGAGUAAUGUUUCCACGAGCUGUUAUCACAUACAUUAAAAGUGCUGGUCAUUGUGUGUAUGUCGACGACCCUAGGUCAUGUUUAGAGAAAAUGAUUCCUUUUAUAAGAAGCAAUCACUUCCGUACUAAAUAA